AUGGAGCCGAUGCUAGUUGAAGACCUCGAGUCGGAUAUAAAUGCGGCCAGAGACAAGCUGCGAACUAUAGAUGACAAAGUAACUACACUGAAUGGAAGACCACCUCGUCAGCGUAUCUCCUACAACGAUGAACCAGAAGAUGGUCCACUCAGAAACGUGGGACGAGAUGCUUUCGGACUGAAAGAAGAAGCGCCGACAUGGGGCACUAGAAAAACAAUUGAAGCACCAGCUGGUGUUCGCAGUAGAAUUAGUAUGGAGGGCAGAGUCGAUCGCCGGAGUGGCGGUGGUCGACAGAGUUUUGACGGUCACAAACGUCAACGUCCAGACCAUUUGGAAAAUGAUGAAGAGGAGGAUGAUUUCGGGAAGCGUCAAAAAAGAUCAGUUCAGUCAACAGUGGUGAUGCCUGCUUUGGACUCGAAGGGUAGAGAGGAGAAGAUUGAGAAGCUGAAGGAGACAGAGAACAAAGACAGUAAGCAGAGAACUAAACGACUUUUCUCGAACUUGAUUAUGGGAACUCUAUCCUCAUUCAAGAAGACGGAAAAGAAGACAACCCAACAAGAAAAACAAGAAGCAGUUGAAAAACGUCUAGAGGAGACUAAAAAGAAGGAUCUUGAAUCUCGGAGAGAAGAGAAACACGACCUUCUGAAUCAAAGACGAGAGCAUGAGAAAGAAUUGCUUGGACUGCAACGCAAGAAGGCUUUGAUCCAGUACGCAGAUCAUAGUGUCAAACAACUGAGCUUGAUGAAGGGUUGGAUAAAAACAAAGACGAAUCCACCAAUCUACUGGCAGCCAGUGAAGCAUACUGUCCGUUCGAUGGAGUUACAGCAAGCCACUGAGCGGCAAAUUGAAAGUGAGUCAUUGAACGCAUGCCAGAUCAACGAGCGUAAGGAGCAGUUGAAGAAGGAAUUGGAUGGAGGAAACGCUGCUGAGAUUCGCGCAGCUGCUAAGACUGAAGACGAUGAGGAGGAUGAGUACGAAGACGACGAGGAGAAAAAUGAAAAUGAAGACAUUGAAGUGGUGCUGAAAACAGAGGAUGAUCUAAAAAGAGAGGAAGAAGAAGAUGAGAAGGAGGAGGAAAUCGAUGUUCAUGUUGAGCUCGAUUGA